GUCAACCUUUGGCUCCUCGAAACGCUAAUAUUCCUGCAAAUCAAGUAAUUGGAGGUCAACCUUUGGCUCCUCGAAACGCUAAUAUUCCUGUAAAUCAAGUAAUUGGAGGUCAACCUUUGGCUCCUCGAAACGUUAAUAUUCCUGUAAAUCAAGUAAUUGGAGGUCAACCUUUGGCUCCUCGAAACGCUAAUAUUCCUGUAAAUCAAGUAAUUGGAGGCCAACCUUUGGCUCCUCGAAACGUUAAUAUUCCUCAACCUUUGGCUCCUCAAAACGCUAAUAUUCCUGUAAAUGCACCCUUUGAUAACCUAACUGCCGAACAAAAGUAUGAACUUUUAACUAAAGGUGCGGAUCCGUUUACUAAUAGUGCUGGAGCACAAGAAGCAGAACAUCAGGAA